UUUUUGUUAUUAGUUAUUAAUAGAAAGAAAAAAGACAAAAGAGGUUAGAGUGAGUGAGGCAGCUCGGUUUGGUUGAUGCUUGACAACUGUUGUGGUGAUUUGGAGCACUAUUUCGGCCAUCCCAAACCCCUUUUUGCUUCUUUCUAAUCCUGAUUGUUCUCCCCUCACACACGUUGCGUGUGUGAAAGUGUGUGGGAGGUCACGAAGCUGGGCCCGUUUUUCUUCUCUGCGGGUUUCUGUGGAUUAUCGCAUUCUCUUGACUCUGGUUGAGAUUCGGAUGAACCCUAAUUUUAAUUUCCGCAGAUGCAAAUGUAGAGGUGAUGAUCUAUUAAUAAGAUUGGAGUAUGUCCUUAGUUUAAAGAGGUCUUAAUCUGGAUGCUGUUCACCCAGUGGUGUAGCGAAGGAAACUUUUUCAGUGGGGUUAUUAGAAUUGUGUUCGACAUAGAAAAAAAAAAACUUAACAUUUAUCUGGCAAGGUGAAGAUGUAAAAUUGGUUUGCUGAAAAGUAGCAGUUCGUUAUCCCAAGCAUUUACCUCUUGAAGGUAAAAUUGAGAGACGAUAUAAUGGUUGAGCCCCCGCCAAUGCUAUUUACCAGAGAAUUUGAGGAUUUGCAUGAUGAUGGUUUCGAGGGAUCUCUGGAUGAGCAAAGAAUUUUUGCCGAGAUUUUCUUCGGAAGUGAGGGUAGUAGAAAGAAAGGAUGUAUUGUUCCCAAAGCUACUAUUGUGGAUUGUGACUAUAUUAAGCAAACAGACAUGUCUCUUUGCUCAAACAGUGGCAAGUCAUCAUUAACAAGUGAAGAUGAUUAUGCAAAAGAGGAUGUUGCGGUAAAGCACCCAUUAGAAAUAGACCGCACAUCAUCAUUGAAAAACAUCCAUGAGGUGAAAUUAUCAGUUGGAGAUAUACCAUCUGCGAGACCUGAUUUAGGGGAUGCCUUUAUUGGGUCAACUCCAUCAGGAGUUAUUUCUGGAAUGUGUGAAGAAAAUUCUGAUUCUGCUUGUCACCUUUUAACAUAUCGUGUAGUUGAAUCAUCGGGCCAAGGCGUUACGUCUAGUAGCUAUCAGCUAAAGCCACUUGUCUCUCUGGACAAAGUAUGUGAAAUUGGUAGGGAUAGCUCUAAGAAUAAAGUAUCUAGCUUAGAUCAAAAUGACCAGAAGGAAGUAGGAAAUAAAGCUGUUACUUCUCCUGUUUCUCAAGAGAGCUAUGCAAGCAAGCUUAUGGUUAUUGAUCCACCUGUCUCUGUUGCAAACAAGUUGGGAACUCAUCGACCAGCUAAGCCUAAAUGGAAGGAUUCCUGCUUUCUGAAACUGGACGAAGAUGAACUAGCAAUGCCAAAGGAUAUAAAAAAUGAUCCUCGCCCUCUUCUUCGGUAUCACAUCAAUCGCUUACUUCGAGCAGCUGGAUGGGUGAUUGGAAGGCGUAAAAGAAACAGUAAAUAUAAUGGGAUUGGGGAAUAUGUUUAUAAGUCCCCAGGAGGAAGACCAAUUCGUGAAUUUCAUAGGGCUUGGUGUAUGUGUGGUGAAAGUUUGUUGACUGAUGCCUCUUACUUUGUGCAGACAAGUGACUGUAUGCAGUGGGCUGACAUGACUGAGUUGUGGACUGACUUAUCUCGUACAAUUAAAGAGAUUGAAGAUAAACUGGAUCUUUUAGACUCUACUUCUGCUAUGUCUCAUUUGUGGUGCCUCCUGGAUCCUUUUGCAAAUGUAGUUUUCAUUGAAAAGACAAUUCGCUUACUGAAAGAAGGAAUUGCAGUAAAAGCAAAGAAAAGUUCAGUGUUUCCAUCAGAUGCCGGGUCUGCUGCGAAAUAUCAGAAAAUCUCCAGCUCAGAAAGAAGCCUUCUUAAUUCAAGUUCUGUGCAAGAUUGGGAAUAUGGUGGCACUAAUCAGAUUGAUGUUCGUCUGUUUGAUGUUCCGAUCAGUUCUGGAGCACCUCAGUUGCUUGGAGGAGUUGAGACUGCUUUCCCCCACCAAGAUUGCAGUACAAGUUCCCAAAGUUUUGACCGAGAUAAAAAUGAGGGAAGUGGUUUUUUUAGCUAUACUAGGAAGGCUCAUAAAAAAUCUCGAAAGAUAUCUGAAAUGAGAUUGGCUGGAAAUCAUUUUGGUGAAACAGCCAAUUGCCUUAGAGGUGAAAUAAGUAGUGCUAGAUGUGGAUCUAAGAAGUCAAAGUCAUGUGGCCUUAAUGAUGAUGAUCUCUUAAUUUCUGCCAUUAUAAAGACGAAAACAUGCAAAACCACCAAGAAAUGGUCUACCCGCAAGUCCAAACCUCUGAGGAAACGCAAGAAUCCCAAAGGCAGCUGCAGGUUGCUUCCAAGGAGCCUUAAGAAGGGUGCAAAGCAUAUCAUGGAAGGAAAGUGGUCUGCCUUUGGAUCAAGAACAGUGUUAUCAUGGUUAAUUCACUCUGGUGUUGUCUCUGUAAAUGAAGUAAUACAGUACCGGAAUCUAAAAGAUGAUGCUGUGAUAAAAGAUGGUUUAGUUACCAGGGAUGGAAUAUUAUGCAAGUGCUGCAACAAGGUGCUUUCCAUCUCUGAGUUCAAGAAUCAUGCUGGUUUCAGGUCAAAUCGUCCUUGCGUGAAUCUUUUCAUGGAGUCUGGUAAGCCAUUCACCUUAUGCCAGCUUGAGGCAUGGUCAGCUGAAUACAAGGCAAGAAAAGUAGUCCCUCAAACUGAUCAAGUUGAUGAGAUUGAUCAAAAUGAUGACAGUUGUGGACGCUGUGGUGAUGUUGGUGAAUUGAUAUGUUGUGAUAACUGUCCAUCUGCAUUUCAUCAGACAUGCUUGUUUGAACAGGAACUGCCUGAAGGAAACUGGUAUUGUCCACAAUGCCGUUGCCAAAUUUGCGGGGAUGCAGUCAAUGAUAAAGAAACUUCACAAUUGCAUGGGGCUCUGAAAUGCUCUCAGUGCGAGCAUAAAUAUCAUGAAACAUGCAUGCACCAGAAGGGUAUGAAAGUUUGGUUCGCCUCCGAUACCUGGUUUUGUGAAGAUAGCUGUCACAAGGUUUACGCAGGUUUACAGUCUCGCAUCGGAUUGAAAAAUCUUCUCUCAGAUGGCUUCUCUUGGACUCUUCUGCAGUGCAUUCCUGGUGAUCAGAAGGUUCAUUCUGCUCCUCGUGUUGUUGCUUUGAGGGCAGAAUGCAACUCAAAAUUAGCUGUUGCGAUCACGAUAAUGGAGGAAUGUUUUCUUCCAAUGGUUGAUAUAAAAACUGGCAUAGACAUGAUACCUCAAGUAAUAUACAACUGGGGAUCACAAUUUGCACGUCUGAACUAUAAUGGCUUUUAUACUGUGAUUUUGGAGAAAGAUGAUGUUGUCCUGUCUGUAGCAUCCAUCAGAAUCCAUGGGGUCACAGUUGCAGAGUUGCCUCUAGUUGCAACUUGCAGCAAGAACCGUCGCCAGGGAAUGUGCCGCCGCCUUAUCAAUUCUAUCGAAGAGAUGCUAAAAUCUUUGAAAGUUGAGAAACUCGUUAUAUCAGCAAUUCCCACUUUAGUGGAGACAUGGACAGAUGGGUUUGGCUUCCAACCCUUGGAAGAGGAUGAGAAGCGAAGCCUUAGUAAAAUUAACCUAAUGGUGUUUCCUGGAGCAGUAUGGCUGAAGAAGCCAUUGUAUGAAAACCAUACCGUGCAGGAAAUAAGUGGUGAGCUUUUCUCUGUUGAUUUUGAAAUGGGAGCUUAUGAAAGAGGUCCAACCACAGAACAUGCACAACUUUCUGAUGAUUACUUGCGUGUACAAGAAAACAAUGUCGAGGAAGGAAUACAUGAUGGUUACCUGACGAACCCACAAUAUUGCUGUGAAGGAAAUAUCAUUGGGAUUCCGCAAAAUCAUCCCCCUAAGCUCUCACUUGAUGAACAAGAUCCACCACCACCCAACUCUAAUCCCUCUAUCAAAGAAACCAGUACCAUAACACCAAACACACAUGGUGAACCAGCAAAUGUGGGAUCUAACAAGGAGAAAGACUCCGACAUCUUGACAAAUCAGCCAUCCAAACUGGAUGAAGAGGAAUGUCGACUACUAUCAGAUUAUAACAACUCAUUUGUCGAAGAAGCAAAUCUUGUCAGAGAGACAAGCUAUGAGAACACAGAGAACAUGCAAUCUAUAGAUAAGCAAAACUCAGUCGUUUUCCUUAAUGAAUUAUCAGAUUGUGGCUUUUUGCAGUAUCCAGUGUCAAACGUUUCGCCUGCGGAACUGGUUUACGUUCCACCAGGUGACCAACUUGAUGUAGUUUGUGGUGCAGAGGCCGAUGGGAUGCAUGCGGAAAUGCCGAGGCAAAUAUGUGUACAUGUAGAGAAAAAUGCAUUAGAACCUGAGGAUGAAAAGUGAAAUUGCAUUCAGUGGGUUAUGGGUUGCAGCUCAGUACAGUUCCUCUUCAUCACAAGUAGUUAUGGGAAGAGGCAACUCUGAUUGCUCAACCACUUAUGUACAUCCCUCCCUCCAGGAGGAAAUGCGACAAAUGAAGAGUAGUAAAUUUUUUCAUGCGAUUUUAA